GUCCCCUCCGGUUUGGUACUAUGCGGCAUGAAAGCAUGGUUUUCACUUUACUCACUCGUUUUGGGAUUUUCGCUUUGUGUUUUGUGAGACUCACUUCAACAGAAAUAGCGUUUCGCGAUAAACAACAAGAGCAACUUGCGAGGAAUUUACAAGAAUAUGAAGUAGUCAUUCCCGAGAUUAUUUCUGGUACUGCUUUGAUACAGAUUAGCGAGUUAAAAGAUGUCAUUGGGAGCGAAAGAUUGCAAGUGAAGAUCCGCGCUUUCGGAGAGGAAUUCCUGCUUGAUUUGAAGAAAAAUUACAGACUCGUGGAUUCCAAGUUCUCUAGUGAAAUACUGAAUAGUUUACAUUCAUCAGCGAAACGGAAUAUAUCCAGGAAUUGUUAUUAUAUCGGAAGAUUACGGUUUCGUUCGCAAUCCAGUGUUGCCCUAAGCGGAUGUCACGGGCUGAUGGGACUUAUACAAACGAUGGACGAAGAUUAUUUCAUAGAACCUAUGGCCAAGGCGGACAUCCAAUCCCAUUUGGUUUACAAGAGGUCUUCAUUGUUAGCAUCACUACCGCAAAGUUCACCCACCUCCCGGAAAUGUUCUCCAUCAGCUCCUUAUUCGCCAGCUCAUAGGAAUCUGAAACACGCUAAGAGGCAAUUUUGGCGAGAAUCAGUUCGCCUUCAGCGUCGUUCUUUGGAUGAUGAGGCCACUGUCCAGCUGUUGGUUGUUGUUGAUAGAGAAAUGAUAAAUUUCCAUGGCAACCAGUCCGUGGAGGAAUAUGUUUUAACUGUCAUGAAUAUGGUGGCUGACCUGUACCGAGACCCAAGUAUUGGAGAAAAGAUAAAUAUUGAAGUAUCCAAGCUAAUACUUCUGUACAACAUGCCUAAAGGCCUGUCAAUCACCCAUCAUGGAGACAGGACGCUGGAAAGUUUCUGUAAGUGGCAGCAAUGGAUUACAAAAGACACAUCCAAGGAAAACCCAAAAUAUGACGGGGCGGUGCUGUUAACUAGGAAAGAUAUUUGCGCUAAACGUUUUUCCGCUUGUGACACCGUGGGUAUGGCGUUUCUGCAUGGAAUGUGCGACCCAAAAAAACGGUGCAGUGUCUCACAAGACAAUGGGCUAAAUGUUGCGUUUACAGUUGCACAUGAAAUCGGACACAAUCUAGGUGCAUAUCAUGAUGGAGACGGAAACACGUGCCCAGACUCCGCAGGAUUAACACCUCACCUUAUGUCAUCGCGGUGGCUGGCAAGGAAUCGACGUGGAACAAUGAAGUGGUCAUGGUGCAGUAAAGCUUACAUCAAGUCCUUUCUCAAUUCUCAAGCCAGCAAGUGUUUGAGAAAUCACGCCAAGAAGAAACCAUUGCAGUUGCCUACAGAAGUGCCAGGAGUUGCAUUCACUGUAGACGAGCAGUGCAAGCAGCAAUAUGGAAACAGAGCCCGACACUGUCAAAAAUACAAGUUUCGUGUUUGCCAACAACUUUGGUGCGAGAUCGAAGGAGAAAACUUGUGUAGAAGUAAACUGAAUCCUCCAGCGACAGGAACAGCUUGUGCACCUGGUAAGUGGUGUAUGUACGGCGAAUGUGUCGAUAACAAAGCUAUACCUUUGAAGAGAGACGGUGGGUGGGGUUCCUGGACGGAAUGGACCAAAUGUUCCCGAACCUGUGGCAUGGGCGUAAGUUCUCAAAAAAGAGCUUGUGACUCACCAAGUCCUUUAAACGGUGGUCGGUAUUGUGAGGGGGAGUCAAGGAAGUUUCGAACAUGUAACUUAGAGCUCUGUCCUCCGACAUCUAAGGAUUUCAGAACCUUGCAAUGUGAGUCGUUUAACGGCAUUAAAUAUAGAGGGGAGAAACAUGAAUGGGUUCCUGUGAUAAGUGAUGGUCAGCCGUGUUCGUUAUUCUGCAAACCAAAGGAUCCGCAGUAUCGUUUUUCAGCCAAACUUGCUUCUAAAGUCAUAGAUGGUACCUCAUGUAGUUCUGGGUCAAUUGACAUUUGUAUCGACGGCAGAUGCCAGGAUGUUGGCUGUGACUUCAAGAUAGGUUCAGGAGCACAGGAAGACAUAUGCGGUGUCUGUAAAGGAAACGGAACAACAUGUAGAACAGUAGAGGGCAGGUUUAACCAGCUGGCAGGAUCAGGCUAUGUGGAAGCUGCUGUUAUCCCUGAAGGAGCGAGAAGUAUAUCCAUCAGCGAAUCAAAACCAUGUACAAGUUUUUUAGCUCUGAGGGCAGACGCCGGAACUUAUUACAUUAACGGUAACUGGAGAAUUCAACUUCCUGGUGACGUAAAUGCAGAUGGAACGAUCUUUCGGUAUAUGCGCACAGGAACUUUGGAAAAAAUCGUGGCUCGUGGGCCCACAAAUGCUCCUUUACACAUUAUGGUUUUGUAUUAUGGAUUUAACCUUGGAGUGGAAUAUCGAUAUGCAGUGCCCCUCCACGAUAGCAAAAUGGACAAGGAAGAUGCAAAGAAACACCGAUUACUGUUCGACGCCUCAUACGGAUGGGUGCACGGAGGCUGGGGAAAGUGUAAUGUGCAUUGUGGAGGAGGGAUUAGAAAAAGUUUGCGGGUAAAAUGCAUUCGCUUUUACCGUGGAAAUAUAUCCUCAGUCGACGACGUCUUCUGCAAAGGGGCAACGAAACCACGGCAAGAGGAACGAGUCUGCAAUGUCCACCAGUGUCCAAUAUGGUGGGCAGUGUCGCCCUGGAGACCCUGCUCUAAGACUUGUGGAAAGGGUCUCCAGUACCGCUCGGUUCGUUGCAUGCGUCAAACUACAAAUGGCACCACUGUGGAGAGCCCUAAUCAUUUGUGUCCCAGAGAUAAACCUUCUGGGGUCCAAAACUGCAUAAAGAAAGCGUGCCAUUUGAAUUGGGUGGUCGGUCCAUGGUCUCAUUGCCACGGUCUCUGCGGUGUUGGACACCGUGUGAGGAAUGUCCGCUGUCCAGUGGCUGGUAAGUGUGCACACGGGAAGAAACCGCCCAGCCGAAAAUUCUGCUCAAGAAAAUCGUGCUAUCAAUGGAUUAUUGGACGAUGGAGCAGUUGUUCCGCUGGUUGUGGUUCAGGAGUACAAAGACGGUCAGUGACUUGUUUGCACAGACUAACAAGGCGAGUCGGUGAAAAAUGCAGCGCAGACUCUAAACCAGCAUCACAAAGGCAGUGUAAAGUCAAGGAAUGCAAGAAAAUAGAUGUUGUGUUAGAGACAGUGUGUCACAGAGAUAAGUACUCCAGCAAGCAGUGCCGAGCAGUGCUGAGAUUUGACCUCUGCUCCACAAGGGGGUGGCUGGACCUCUGUUGUAAGACAUGUGAGGAUGCUGGUCGAAACUAAAUGUAGGUUUUUUAAACGCGUCAAUAGAAAGUCUGAUCUUGGAAGGGGGAUUCUGAGGGGAAAUUUGGGUAGUGGUUUGCAACUAAGACCCUUAAACCCAGAUUUUCUUUAGACAAAUCCCAUCAUUGCACCCUCCAGUCUAUAAAGAAACAAUUUUAUAUAUUGUGGCAUGUCCACCUUAUGAUGCCAAAUCCAUCCAUUUCAGAGGUGACCAAUAAGUGAUUUCUCCUUUUAAUAUCAGUCAAUUGC